AUGGAACACGAUGGUCAUACACGACACCGAGGUCGCGGACGCGGACGCCAUCACUGGAGGGAUGAAGACGAGCACAAUACCUCUCGCUCUCAUGGCUUGCCAUUGAUGAUUGUCGACCCACCCGGCCAUUCUCGGUACCAGAAAUCAAGAAAUUCGGGAGACAUCAGCGAUAAAUCGAGUCCAAAGAGCAAACCUAGCGACGCCCGUUUCCAUGCUCAUGAAUCCCACCGUCAACGGUCACGCAGCAUCACCCCAGGGACGAGCGGCCGCCACAGAACCAAUCAGAAAAAGAAACAUCCGCCAAGGGAACGCAGCAAAAUUGAGCAUGUUGUAGAAAAAUAUGCUAUGGAAAAGCAUGCUGCAGAAAAGGCGAUUAGUACGGCAGUAGGGGCAGCGUACCGAAUUCGGAAUGAUCAUGGGUUGUGGCUUGGAAAGAAGGGAUUCAAAGUCGCCACAGUGGCCACAGCUUCAGCAACCAUGGACAUACUCUUGGAUCACGACCCGAAAAAACAUCCCCUCGCGCACAUAGCAGUGUCGGCGGUCCAGAAAGCUGUUCUCAAUCGGAUUAUGAACGUGAAAUAAUUAUUGGGGGUUAACUAAACAGGGCAAAUUGUAUUGGGUCGCGCUGAUGGGAAUAUCUCGG